CCAACUGGAGGUCAAUCAAGUGGAGGAGCUUCUAACCCAACUGGUGCUGUAACCGGAACACAAAGUGGGGGUGAAAGUACAGAGACGUCUUCUAGUCUGGGAGCGGGAGUAAACACAGAGUUGCCUACAGGUGGCUCCAAUUCCAAUUCGGGUUCGAAUUCUGGAUCAGGAUCAGGAUCAGGUAAUGGAUCAGGAUCUGGUAACGGUUCAGGAUCAGGUAGUGGAUCAGGAAGCGAAGGCGCUGGUAAUGGAUCAGGAUCUGGUAACGGUUCAGGAUCAGGAUCUGGUAACGGUUCAGGAUCUGGUAAUGGAUCAGGAUCUGGUAACGGUUCAGGAUCAGGUAGUGGAUCAGGAAGUGGUAAUGGAUCAGGAUCUGGUAGUGGAUCAGGAUCAGGAUCCACGGUCAGUGCUGUAUCUUCUUCGGGCUCACAAUCAGGUGGAUCUGCACCAACUAGCGUAUCAACAUACGAAGGAUCAGCUUCUUAUACCAACAUUUCAUGGCUUGCAAGCUUGUUUAUGGGUCUUGCUGCUUUCAUGUUUUAG